AUGGUUGAUCCGAAUGAUUCUGAGAAAUAUAUUUGGCGAGAAAGUAGGAAACAAAUUGAAGAUACUGAUCAAUAUUGGAUAGAUGAAUCUGAUCGGGAAAAACCAGGAACAAGAAUUGUCUACAUGACCAAAGGAUCAUCAUUUGGAUGGAGUCUUACAACAGAAUUCACACCUCAUUCAUAUAUUUGUAAAAUUCCAAAAUCGGAGAUAUACCGGAUUAAACAACGAGCCAGGGAUUUCAAUUUUGGAGCCGAUGUAAUAGAUGCUUGGGACAUAAAGAGAGGACCAAACAUGACAAUCGAAUCUCCAAAUUAUAUUGUUCUCGAAGGUCUUGAAACAACGUCUCUUGAAUGCGUUGCUACGGGAAAUCCAGCUGUUCAAUAUAAAUGGUAUCGACUAGACGAGAAUUUAGCAGAUUAUGAAAAAAAGGAGCAAUAUUUUACUCAAUGGAAAUUUCUAUUAAUGAAGCCCGAUGUUGUAAUGAGUAAAAACAUGGAAUUCGAUAUUUCUCCAACUCAUAGUAUAUUUCUUUGUGGCUCGUUCAAGAAAGCACAUGAACAUUAUAAUGAAGUCGAGGGAUGUCGAGAUAAAGUCAUUCAAUCUGGCGAAGGAAUUACUAAGUCUGGAACCGAGAUAACAUCAAGUAGCAGGUAUACUCUUACGAAUGGCCGAUUAACUAUCAGCGAUCCACAAGCAGCUUUUGACGAAGGUUAUUUCCAGUGUAGUGCAGAGAAUGAUUUCGGUCGUGUAUUAGGAAACCCCGUUCAAAUUACGUUCGGAACGCUCGGUGAAUUUUCAAACGUUCGACCUGAAGCAGUCCAUGUGAAGGCCUAUGAAUUUGCAAUCCUUAUAUGCAGUGAAAUCAGAUAUAAACCACCUCCAAAAGCGAAGUGGGGACCUACGAUUCUCAACGACUUCAUACUUGUUAAUCCGUCCCCGCCAAUGCUUGGUCACAGUGUUCGACUUGAAUGUUUCGCAGUGGGGUCUCAAACAAAUGCUGAGCCAAUGACAUAUGACUGGACGAAAAAAGAUGGUGAACUGGGAAACAAUAUUAAAUUUUCGGACUUGAACAGAGUUUUGACAAUAGAAAAUUCCCGAUUUGAAAAUGAAGGUAUAUACCGCUGUGUUGUUAUGCGAGGUAAAUCAGGAAGAGAUGAAAAAGAUUUUGCACUAUUACUUUCUGCUAAGCCAUAUUUUGUUUUACCAUUAAAACCACAGCAUAUCGAUGUUGGUUCUCAUCUAACUUGGCGUUGUGAUGCCCGCGGACGCCCGAAAGUGACUUACAGUUGGUACAAAAAUGGUGUACUUAUAGAUGAAAAACGAGAUAAUGUUAAAAUACAGGGAAAUAUGUUGAUUAUCAACGCUGCCGAUAAAGAUCUCCACAGUGGGAUGUACCAAUGUGGAGCUUCAAAUACCUUUGGUAUCACUUUCAGUGGUGCUCAAUUGAGAGUUUUGGCGUUCAAACCAACUUUUAUAAGAUCUCGUCAAUCUAAGACUAUGUCUGGAGCACUUAUGGGAAAUGUGUCACUUAUAUGUGAUCCGGAAAGUGCUCCUGAGGCUGUAAUUACGUGGUCAAAAGAUGGGGCAGAACUGAAUCUUGAUGUGUCUGCCAACGAAAAUGUUCAUUUGCGCUUACUUACUAAUGGAAAUCUUUUCCUAAACAAUAUUAAUGCCAAUGAUGCCGGCAACUACUCUUGCAAAGCUAGCAACACACUGGGAGAAGCAACAUUUACAAUACAUUUCAGAGUAACGGAUCAAAUUGUAAUAGCAUAUCCGCCGAUUAAUACAGAAGUAAUUUUUAAUGAAACAGCUUUUAUGCAAUGUGAUGUAUCACAUCCAUAUUUUGUCGAUCUUGUAUUUCAUUGGUUAUUUAAUGGAAAGCCAUUAAAUCUGGAGAACAACCCACACUAUUCUACGUCGGAAGUCUAUGGACAUUUAAGAGGCUUAUACAUACGUGAUGCAAAAGUUUACCAACAAGGCCUGUAUGAAUGCAUUGCCAUAACACCCACCCAUGAAGUGUCAGCAGGAGCAUAUUUAUCUGUGAAAGGUCCUCCAUUUCCUCCAUCUGGCGUAUCUGUUGCAUUAUACAGCAGCACAGCAACUACACUAACACUCCAAUGGUUAGCUCCAUAUGACGGUGGCGCUCCAAUACUCUUUUACAUGAUAUCAGCCAAACACAAUUAUGAAAAUGACUGGAAGAUUCUCACAGAAUCUCUCAAAGAACCCACAACGUUGAAAGAGAACACUAACAUGAAAUACACAAAAUUGGAGGGAUUGAUACCAAAUGCUACCUACAGUUUUCGUGUCCAUGCUAUUAAUAUCUACGGCGUCGGAGAAAGCAGCCUCCCAUCUAUGUCACGAUGUGGAACAGUAUUUGGAAAAGUUUCACUGAACUUCUGUUUCACAGUAUCUGUGUAUUUGUUUCCAGCUCGAAACACCCAUUCAACUAAAAACAUACGUUCUUCAAUGGCUCUCUUACCCACUGAACAAGGUGGCAAAGGAAUAGGCUACAAUGUGUAUUCGCGACGAAUGAGUGACAAAUAUCUUCGAUGGAAAAAGCACGUCAUACAUAAGGAUGCAGAUGAAUUGUUUCUCUUAGUUGGAGCACACAACUUCUACGUUAAAUAUGAAGUCAAAGUACAAGCAUUCAACUUGUUUGGGGAUGGACCGAAUUCUACAGUUGCAGAAGUUUACUCUGCUGAAGGAAUGCCUACCGUGGUUCCAGAAAAUGUUAACGUGGUUACAUACAAUGGUACUGCUGUUACUGUAUUGUGGACCCCAGUGCCUGAUACGCAUGAAGACAUGAAAGGAGUUGUCCAAGGAUACCAAGUCAACUAUUUUGACAGAGAUAUAGAAAACGCACCAACCUACUUCCAGUCAUUCUUUGGUCAAAUGUCUUCUGCGUUGAUUAUUGGUUUAAAGCCAAAUGGUUACUAUUGGAUGACAGUGCAAGUGUUCAAUACAGCAGGACUUAGCGAUCUGAGUGAGAAGUAUUUGGGUAAAACAGGAAGUGAUCCUCCUUUAAAAUACCCGAUCGAAAUACACGUUUAUUCUCACGGUCCGGAAAGUGUUCGAGUUACCUUCCGUGGAGUUGGCUACAACAACAACGAAGAUCCAAUCCAAGGGUACAAGCUAUGUUCCUGGCAGGUCACCGACAUGAUGGAUUAUAGUAAAUGUGUUCAAGUAGGCGUUGUUAGCUCAGGAAUUAUCCCUAAUCUGAAAAAGAACGUUUUAUAUAAACUUCGAGUAUGUGGUUUCACUGGAGCUGGAGAUGGAAAAUUAAGUGAAUUAACUUACUUCACACUUGGUGGUCAGGUGAAAUAUAAUCCGCACGAUUUUGAAGUCUUGGCGAUUUCAAGCACGAUUCAUGCAAAGUUUGAAAUAAUUUUAAUUCUAUAUAUUAUAACAAUCUACUCACCGAACAACAUUUUUACUUAA